AUUGCAUAAGAAUUAUUUAUCUACAACCACUGCAAAAACGAUAUGGUUGGGGGGGAAUUAAGCCGUGUUUGCAUGCAUUGCUCAAGGGAUCGAUGGAAACUUGAUUGCCAGGAAGCUAUGGUGACAUUUAUGGCCACCUCAAAUAGUGUAACCCACAGGAAAUUUCAUAGGAUGUUGCUGGCCCACAGUGACCACAACGGGGAACGUAUAUAGAGGCAAGUCACAAUCUCAAUUCAUCAAGUUGUGACAACUAGCGACAAGCCAUGAAGUGUGUCAUUGCCUUGUUGUGUAUGCUGAUCACCAUGCAGUGUUGUUGGUGCAAACCUCGACAUGCAGGCCACCCGUGCUUCAAUUAUGCAGUCUUCCCAGCACACGUCCAGGAGCUCAGGACGUCAUAUCACAAGAUAAAGACUUACUUUCAGAAUAAAGAUGACAAUUUUAAGAUAUCGCUGCUGCGGAGCCGAGACCUGCCGGUGUUCAAGGACAAUCACAGUUGCCAGUUCCUGAAGGAAAUGCUGAACUUCUAUCUCACGGAUGUGAUCCCUGCAGCCAAGACCCACAGCAGAGUCAUCAACGUGUCCGUCAGCAAAAUCGGAAACGCCUUGCACGAGCUGCACGCCAACGUACUGAAAUGUCAUCUGUUCUUCUCCUGCGAUCGUUGCAUCUGCAACCAAAGUCCACACUUCCGGAACAUUCAACGGACGUUCAAGCAGCUACAGGUGAAAGGCGUGUACAAAGCCAUGAGUGAACUCAACACCUUCAUUGACUGGAUCUGGAACUACAUCAACAUGAAGAGGAACAGUUCCUGAAUGAAGAAAGCCGCUAGUAUUUAAAUUGAUAUUUAUAUUUAGGCUGGGCAGUUACAGAGUCUUGCAGCUGCGUGUGAAGUUGCUCCUCACCUUUCACUGGCCCUUUCUUGCAGUCAUACUCGCUCCAGGACACAAUGUCGCUAGAACAACGUGCGGUACAGUACGGGAACAGGCCCUUCAGCCCAACCCAUCCAUGCUGACCCACCUGACAUUGUCCCAUUUGCUUUCAGGGCCGUUCCUAUCCAUGUAGCUGCACGUGAUCUGUUUCCCCUCCAUUCCCUGCAUAUCCAUGUCCCUGUCCAAAAGCUUCUUAAAACCCACUAUCACAUCUGCCUCCACCACGCCCACCCCUGGCAGCACGUUCCAGGCACCCACCACCCUCUGUGUAAAACAACCUGCCCCUCUCACCCUCAAACCCCCCCUGUCCCACUGUACGAGUUCAUUCCAAGAGUUCUCCUGAGUUUGCCCUGAUUCCAACUCGGAGAUUUACGGUAAUGGCCACUCGUCGGUACUCGGGGCUCUCGUGGACAUUUUUCAUCGCGUUGAAAAAAUCUUCACCAGUCUUCCCGUGCUUACCUGCCGUUAGCGAGUCUUCCCGAGUACCUGCCGUUAGCGCUAAGAGACGUCCCCGAGCCCCUACGUACCCGCUAUGUUAAUUCUCCGUGCUUACCACGUGUUAGAUUUUUUUUUUAACUCGGGAGAGCUCUUGGAA